AAACGUUUCGCUAAUCUUAUGGUCCAAUUAUUACAUAAACUGAGUAUACGGUCGGCAAACGGACCGCAAAAGUUGCUUAAAGUCAUCAAAAACCCCAUUUCAUCGCACCUUCCGGUCGGCUGCAAGAAGAUCGGCACCAGCUUUAAGGCCCAGAAACUGGUUCACCCGCGAGAGCUCGUGCCCUCCGAUGACGCGCCCCUCGCUAUAGUCAUCGGUGCUAUGGCUCACGGAAUGGUUGAAUGCGAUUACAUCGAGGAAACGGUAUCCAUAAGUGAAUACCCGCUGUCGGCAGCCCUCGCCUCCACUAAAAUAUGUUCGGCUUUCGAAGAGGUCUGGAAUAUCCACUGAAACACCACUUGUUUUGAAUAAUGAGUAAAAUGUUUUGAUUUUAUUUUUUGCAAUUAUUUACAAAAUAAUGGCUGAGUUUAAUAAAUACUCAUAAGAACGUGAAUUAUAAGAGUUAUCGAC